AUGUCUCCAGAAUUAAUUACUUGCCAUACACUCCCAUCUCAUCUGCAGAGUUCAAGCUCGUCACAAGCCACCCCCUCACCUUUCGGCGGCGCGUUCUCCAGUACAACUGCACCCAAUGCGUUUACUAAUGCCAACGCAAACACAACGGCCAGCGCUCCCGUACAGUUCGGAGGAAGCGCUGCGUUUGGCGGAGCCAAGAACGCGUUCG